AUGGUGGCUAACAACAAACUGAUCAUCCUCGUGUUGCUCAUCUCCCUGCUUCCUCACAUCAUCUUUACCUCCGCGUCAGCACAAGAAUUUGACACAAAGGCCUACGUGGACUCGUGGUGCCAGGAAACCAAAUACCAGAAGCUGUGCGUCCGGUCGCUGACUCCUUUUGUGCGUUCACGGACUAUCCAAAUUCCAGAAGAACUGGUCCUAUUCGCGCUUAAAGAAAGCCUCAACCUAGCCAACAACACAACGGCGUUCUUGUUAAAAGAAUUAGCGAACCGGGAGACGCGGACCGUCUACAAAAACGAGUUUCUUAGAAUCUCCGUGCAUCGGUUGAAAAAUAUCUCGGGUCGUCUGAGCAACCUAGUAGAAGAAGUGGGCAGGAGAAACGGCUUCGACCCGCAGACGUGGAGAAGCACACUUCUCACAGAGGGGGUGACACUUGUGAGUGAGUUCCAGGGGCGGAGGCUAAGCAAGUUGGAGGCUACGAUUAAAGAGAAAGUAAAGAAUGUUGAGGAAACUACAAGCAAUGCCCUCGCCCUCAUCAAGCACUACGCUGGUGCUAGGCACUGAGCCAGACGCCCUUGACCGUUGCCUCAACUAUAAUGAUUGUCUUUUGAUCACACAUAUAUUUGCCUUAAUUUCAUGUGUUCCUUCUUGUUGAUACUGUCGUUUGUUAUCUGUUUGAUUAUUAAUAAAAAAAUAAUCAUGUGUGUGUGUGUUUUCUGUUUUC